AUGGCACCUCCAAGCCGACUACGGUCCACCAGCAGGAAGAACACACCUCUUUCUCCUCCGAAGGCUCCGUCGCCCGUGGUUGCUGCAGACGCGUCAGUUCAAAAUAGACGGAGAACGCGAUCAGCAAGUCACGAUAUCACCGCAGCACAACGAGACUUGCAGAACGUCACGACCGUCCUUCCGGCCGUCAACGAGGGUUCAGAGGAAGUGGCACCAGCCCAAUCCCGUAAUGUAUGUGAUGGCUUUUCUUCGCAUGGUGCAAGUUCCGGAAGCUCGUCCCUGCAGGAAGUCCUGGAUGCACUGGACCGGGAUACGAUCAUCGACAAUCUCUCCGGGUUGUACCAUGACUCAACCAGCCUGAUGUCGUUGCUUGGGAUUGCCAGUGAUGAACAGCUACGCGAGAUGUGCGAGACUUCUGUGCAACCAGCCCCUCGACUCCACAAACGCUUCCACGCCCAGUCGAAACGCUUUUUGCUGACACGAGAGAAUUAUGGUACGACUCACGAUGGGGCGGACUUCGACUUUAUCCAGCCAGACCUGAUUCUUCGAAAAAUUUUGGGCAUGGGCGAAACCGAUGCAAUCCCCAACGGCGCUUGGCGACCGGAUGCUGUCCUCUACCUUGCAAAUCUCGCAUUACAAAUUGUCAACGUAUUAAAUCCAUCUGUUGAAGUGCGGCGCUCCUACCUUGAGGAUAUGUUCUUCAACUUUCCGCAACAGUUCGUAGAUCUCCAGUACUUUCAACCUAGUCCCGAAACUUACCACGGUAUGUGCGACUUGUUGGUGGAAAUGCACACGCAAGUCUACCUCCAGAUGCUCGAACUCGAACAAGGCCACAUUGCAUUUGAUCCAGAGACAAGCCUGACUGCGGUCUUUUUCGACGAAGCUGGCCAGGUGAAAGGCUCUACCCACCAACCCAGCAGACUGAAGGCCCUGGACCGAUGCGAGUUUAUAAGAGCAUACUUCCUUGGGGAUCCACCCGACAGCGUCGAUUUCGCCGGCCUCAAGGAUCAUUUCCCUUGGUCAGAUUUCGCCGUCAAGGCCGUCAGAUGGACUCUGGCUGUUGGGAAGGAGCUGGAAGAAUUUGUCGAUGCGAGAGGUGGCAUAGAAAAGCUCGUCGACCUUCUCGACGCUGGGGAUUUCGCUGUCGAUCAACUUCAGGUUGACCAGGAGCAAACCAUGGAGGAUAAUGAAACCGAACGGAACCCCGAGGAUCGAGGUGGGCACGGCGAUCUGGCGCAAAUUGAUGCUCGGGAAGAUGCAGGCGCUACGACUGGGCAGGUGAACAGCCAGAAACUCAACAACCAAGGAAAUGGCCUCGAGGCCGAGGCUUUGGAGACUGCCGGCACCAGGCCGACGGGCGCCGCACAGAUCCCAGUGGGUGAAACGUCAGCAGGAGAGUCUCUCAAGUCUAACAUGGAAAGACUGAAAGCUCUCAAAGCCCUGUAUGCGCCUCAAGUAUCCGACGAGGACGCAGAUGCGGACACGCGGAGUGACUCCAAUUCCGACCCUGAGGUCCUUCGUUCGCCGACACCGACGAUUCCUGAUGACUACCGGGUUGCGGGUAUAGGCGAGGAGGAGCUUCCCACCGCAGAAGAAGGUGCCAAUCGAAUACAAGAUGAUGCCCAAGAUGAUGCCCAAGAUGAUGGAGCCGAUGAAGAAAUACUCCCAACGCAGCAGACGAAAGAAUUAUUGGAAACCCUCCAUCGACAAAGGCAGCAGAGCAACAAGGAAAAUGUGCAUGGGACGGUGAAGAAGGCAUCCUUCCUCGAUCGACAAGAAGGUGCAGAGAGACUCGAGUGGGAUGAUGAAUUCCCUGAUGAUGGAGAAAUCUACCCACCAAGGCGGCCAUCGCCAAAGCGUACAAUCCAUCAGGUUGAGUCGGAAUCCGGCGAAGACGAUGAAUUUGAGACGGACACAAGAAAUACGAAGAAACCCCGGAUGGUUGUGGAGAAGAGCCCGGCGGUGUCUUCAACCCGGCCAGGACCCCAAGACGCAGAGGAUGAUGAAGAGGAACAGGAGAGUAACCAUAGGAAGCAAGCGCAACCUUUGCUCUCUCUCCCACGCGAUGGACAUCCAAGGCCUGCACGUAGAGAACGUAUGGCAUCGCCAGAACCGUCCCGAACGACAGUCUUAUCCUCAUCACAGCCGGAACGGUCAAGCAACCACGGACCCUCUUCCAGUCGAGCGCCUCUUCGAACAAUCCGUUCAGGAAGCCGAGACCUGCCAUCUUCGAGCGCACCAGCUCGAUCUGAUGGAAGAACAAGUCGUGUUUCGUCAGAUGCGCCAUCUCGAGACCUUGCACCGUCGAGCCAAGGACAGGCCACUUCCCGUCUCCCUUCUGCAUCACAGAUACCCCCCAGCACGGAAGCCCGACAAGUCAAUCAACUAGCAAAAGACAUGGUACGAAUGGCACGCGAACUGCAGCAGAACAGACGGCCGGCGCAGAUACGCAGAGCUUAUAGCCCCGAGGAAGUUGACCGCUUGCUGGACAUGAUUGCCCUUUACGGCACCAAGUGGGCGAGGAUUCUCCGAGAAGACAGUGUCCACCCGGAUGGGCCAGUGUUGCAGGGGAGAAGCCAAGUGCAGCUGAAGGACAAGGCCCGGAAUAUCAAGUUGGACAUGCUGAAGGCAGGAGUUCCCCUACCGGACGGUUUCGAAUCCGUCAGCGUCGGCAACAAGAAGAUCGAGGAGCUAAGACUGCUCGGCAUCGAUUACUUCGAAGGCACAGACGCUGCGCGGUACACUGGACGCGGAGAAAGCUAUGACGACGACGACGAUCUCGACGAUUGA